AUGAUGGGCAGCAAGGACUUAGAAGCUGAAAUCCAUCCCUUGAAGAACGAAGACAAGAGGUUGCAGGAGAAUCUGGGAAGCCAAACGACAAAGGAGGACAACCUGAAAGGCUUGCCUCGGCAGCCCGGCCUCUCCGGCUGCCGGACAGUGGCGUUUUUUCUUUCACUGUUUGUCUGCCUUUUUGUGGUGUUCGUGGUCUCGUUCAUCAUCCCCUGUCCGGACCGGCCCGCGUCCCAGGGGACAUGGAGGGUCUACUACAACGCAGCAGUCACCUAUGACUUUCUGGCUACAGAAGACAUAAACAGGGACAGGAUCCAAGACGUUCUCUUUCUGUAUAAAAAUACCAACAGCAGCAACAAUUCCAACCUGUCCUGCGCUGACGAAGGCUUUUCUUCCCCCUGCACCUUUGUGGCCGCUGUGUCAGGGGCCAAUGGCAGCGUGCUCUGGGAGAGGCCCGCAGCCCAAGACGGCGCCCUUGUGCAGUGUGCUGUCCCACAGCCACAGGGCGGCAGGACAUCGUCUGCCUGCAUCCUCGUGGGCAGACCCAGUUCCUUCGUCGCUGUGGACGUGUUCACAGGGGAGACCCUGUGGAGCCACCCCAGUAGCUUUGGAGGGAACGCUUCCAUCCUGAGCUCUUUACUCCGACUGCCCGACGUCGAUGCUGACGGGGCUCCAGACCUGCUGGUUCUCACCCAGGAGGAGAAGGAGGUUAGCGGCUACAUCUAUUCAGGCAGCACUGGUCACCAGAUUGGCCACCGAGGCAGCCUUGGUGUGGGUGGGACCAGUGGCUCCCUCCUCCAUGUCACCAGGAUGGGUGCUCACUACAUCCUUUUCCCUUGCGCAAGCUCCCUCUGUGGUCGCUCUGUGAAGGGUCUCCAUGAGACGGUGACCGGGAGAGGGAGCCCACUGAAGAGAGACCCGCUCUGGGAGGGCAUGCUCAACGCCACCACCCACGGGCUGCUUUGGCGCAGCCCUGGAGCCAUCCGCUACCUGAUGACCGUUCCAGGGAAAGUGGGUGAGGACCUGCUCCUCGUGAGUUCAGAAGCCUGUGUGCUGUUGGACGGGCAGGAGCUGGCACCCAGGUGGAUCUUCAGCGCAGCCCGGGUCCUGAGAAGACCCAUCCUUGGCUACUACAAACCUGACACCUUGGCUGUGGUCAUUGAAAAUGGAACCGGCAUUGACAGACAGAUCCUGCUCCUGGACCUCAGCACGGGGGCCGUCCUGUGGAACCAGGCCCUCCCGGGCCUCCCCGGGGACCCGCAGUCUGCCAGCCUGCCAACUGCAGACCACCGCUCAGCCUUCUUCUUCUGGGGUCUCCACGAGCUGAUGGGCACCAACCAGACAGAGCCCGGAGACACCCAGCACAGCCUGUACAUGUUCCACCCCACUGUGCCCGGCGUCCUGCUGGAGCUGGCCAACAUCUCCGCCAACAUCGUUGCCUUCCAAGCGGUCCUGUUUGAGCCAAGCCGCCACGCUGCCUACGUCCUCCUGACGGGCCCCACUCGCCAAGACGCUCCUGGCGUGGUCUCUGUAGCCAAGCACAAGGUGCGGGACCUCGUCCCGAGCAGUAGGGUGGUUCGCCUGGCCGAGGGCGGGCCUGACAGUGACCAGGCGGUCCGGGACCGGUUCUCCCGCCUGCGGUACCGCAGCGAGGCCUAGACGCCUGGUGGCCAGCGAGGUGCGAGGGGCUCCAGCUGCUGAGAUUAAACACCGUGGGACAUCGGUCUUUCGCUCGGUUUGCACGCUGACCCCUCUCGUCUCCGUCGUGCCCAGGGACGUGCGUGGGUGAGGGGAUGGCCGGGCCUCUCCCUCAUGCGCCGCACACCACGUCCCCGCAGGUCCUCGCUCUGCCCCACUGGGGUCUUGCUCAUGGCCGGCUGCCUUCACCGUGGCCUCUCUGGGCUGCCUUGGGCACAGCUGGGCCCUACAGCACCACUCUCACUUGUCCACACCUGGCUGGAGGGGCCGGGGCUUUGGGAAGAGCCCCAGCCUGCAGAAGUCCCCUCCCUCGUCCCAUCUGCACCCACCCUGUCUGCACAUCUCCCUGGGGCCUGCGGUGGCCUCAGGGCAACAGCCAGGCCCUGAGGCCAUUCCAGCUUCUGGCCUUUCUCAGAGCAAAGGGGGGGCUAGACUCUGGUGUGGUUGGUGGACACUUGCCCUGGGGGCCCCUUUGACAGGCCCGUGAGGAAUGGGAUGCCUUGGAGCCGUGAGGCUGGCCUGCUGCUCAUGGACGCGCUGAGGGGCAUUUUCACCCCUGUGCUGUGAAUGUCGCGAGGAACCGGCCGUAAGGCCCACACUGGGGUCAGUCUGUACCCUCUCAACACACACUGGAGCUGCUUGUCCCUCGGGGGUCCCUACACCCCUGGCCAGUGCCUGGC